UGUGUGUUGACAGCUGUGGUGUACCCAGUGGUGUCACACUGGGCCUGGUCAGACGCUGGCUGGCUCAAAGCUGAAGCCUAUCAGGAUUUUGCUGGCUCGGGCGUCGUCCACCUCACAGGGGGCGUGGCAGCUCUCGUCGGGGCUGUAAUUCUUGGGCCCAGAAUUGGUCGCUUCGGCCCCAACAGCAAGGGGAUAUGCGGCCACUCCGUCCCGCUGGCAGCUUUGGGAGGCUUCAUCCUGCUCUUCGGGUUCCUGGCCUUCAACGGAGGGUCCCAAGCGUCCAUCAGCCACGAGGGUGAUGCCUUAGCUGUUGCCAAGUCCGUGGUGAACACCGUGAUCUCUGGGUGUUCAGGAGGCAUCACUGUGCUCUUGGUCUACCGCUCCGGGAUGUGUUGUCGGCCCUCAACCUGGUCCUUCCUCAUGGCCCUUAAUGGUUCUCUCACUGGGAUGGUGUCCAUCUGUGCCGGGUGCAACGUGGUGCGGCCGUGGGGAGCCUGUGUCACGGGCAUAGUGGGUGGAGCAGUGUUCCUCGCUAUCCACUCUCUGCUGCCCAAACUGAAGGUUGACGACCCACUUGAUGCUGUGGCUGUACACAUGGGAGGUGGGUUGUGGGGGCUGGUUGCUGUGGCCCUCUUCCAGGAUGGUGGCAUUGUGUACGGGGGCAGCGCGGAGGUCCUCGCCUGGAACAUAGUGGGGGCGCUGGCCAUAGUGGCCUGGUCUGGUGGUCUUUGUUUGCUUAUGUUUGGUUCCCUCAGGCUGCUCGGCGUCUUGAGGGUGCCUCCAGAAAUGGAAAUUGCAGGAAUGGACAUCUUGAAGCACGGGGAGCCAGCCUACCCGGCUGAAGCUUGGCUGGAGAGCCAGUACGAUGGCUCCGUCAAGGCUCAGGAGGAUAUCAACAGGAACACCUAUCUGCCACCCAACAUGUCUGCCCCGUGGAAAUCCGGCUGGAGACUCCCGGCGCCGUACCCAACACACCUGGUACAGUGGAAGGUGUCCGAGGCGCGAGCACCUCACGGUAACGCUCCCCAUCUCACAUACAACCUCACUCAACCCAUACACAACGCAAGUGAAUUCCAUCCCAGUUAUGACAGGUCGAGCUAUGAUCUAGCGGGACGGCUGCGACACCAUAAUUAUGAAGAAACGAGAGGUUACCAAGGACCUACGACGGUGGCAUGAUGGUUGACACGCGUUAGGGGGGGUAGAAAUAGCCUAAGCUACUCUACCCCUUUGAGAUGUAUUUCUUUCUUGUCUCAAUAAACAUACUUGAA